CGCUCCACAGCCUUUAUGUCUUCUUCACAGCCACGCCCCUCUCCUUCUUCUCAGCUCAAACCCAAACGCCAAUCCGAUUCUCCCUUUCGAGGUGUCCGGAAACGCAGCUGGGGCCGGUACGUUUCAGAAAUUCGCCUUCCGGGGAAGAAGACCCGGGUCUGGCUGGGAUCUUUCGGGUCGCCGGAGAUGGCCGCUCGGGCCUACGACGCCGCUGCGUUCUUCCUCAGGGGCGACUCGGCCUGCCUCAACUUCCCCGAAUCGGCCGAGUCUCUGCCCCGCCCAGAGUCGUCUUCUAGAAGGGACAUCCAGGUGGCUGCUGCAAAGGCGGCAGCGGAAAACUCUGCUGCUGGAACGGAUACCAGCGCUGGGGUUCGGGACCUGAGCUUGGAGGACUGGUGUGGGUUUGAGGUUGGUGAUGAAACGACGCCAUUUGGAGGGCCGGUACACAGUCCUCUCAGUUUUGAGUCGUUUGAGUGCUUGUUUGAUGAUGUAACGACGUCGUUUGGCGAUGAAGUUACGUUUACUAACUACCCCUGGUAAUUUUCACAAUCGAGUGGAUGAAGCUGAGCUUGUGGUGGUUAAUGUGUAUAUAUAUGUAAAUGGAAGAGUGAGAAAUGGAAUGGUUUUAUUUUCUAUCA